ACAUCUGACUUCUUUCCUUGUUUGCAUGUGUGUUUAGGUUUGUGUGGAUUCAGGGGUCACCAGUGAAACCGCUGGGGUUUGCUUUUUCGUUUUUUCCCCGACUUCAGUGGAGGAAUGUUGGCAUUAAGUUUGGCUGGGGGGAAGGCAGAGAGCGGCGUCUCAAGUGCUGGCGUUUGUUUCAUUUCAGCCGUAAUGAGUCUUGCCCUAUCAUGAGAGAAAGUUCUGGCUUCAAACUCGCAACUUCAAAGCAGGGCUUUUGAAAGUAAGACAAACUUUCAACAAGUCCUCACAUGAAACUCGUUCAAGACUUUAGAAAAUUAGAUUUCGACAGAGAGGAGCUUUUGCUCUGUCUGGUCCUAUCGCCGUCUCCACUUCAGAGGAAAUAAACGAGCUGCUAAAAACGAGCCGCUGUCCCUUCUAGAAUGAAAGGAAACUGAAGUUAUGCAGAAGGAGAGAAAGAAAAGUUAAAGCUGUGUGCGUCUGUCGGUGUGUGUGUGUGUGUGUGUGUGCGCGUCUGUGUCUGUGUGGGAAUGAUUACAUCAGCUUGAGCUAGCCCUAUGAUUGGUUAGGGAAGUGUGGUUUGAUUCACUACCUAAAAGCCUGUGGCUGUAACCCUUUGUGAGGGGAACAGAGGCAAGUUGUCUGCCAAGCUGGAAACAGUGCCAUCUGCAUGCUCUGUUCUGCGCCAAAGCUAGUCUGAGAGAGAGAAAGAGAAGAAGGAAGAUUGUGACAGGUAGUACACGCUGAGCCACUGACAGGAAGAAGCAUCUGCAAAGCAGAGGAACUGCUUUUUCUUUUCUUUCUUUUUUUUGUUUGCUCGUUUUUUCUAUCUUGUGGAGUUGUGGAGACAUUCGGGGAGCGGGUCCGUCUCUCAGUUUGUGGAGGAGGACACAGGCUGCUGGGGAAAAUGCCAUCGUGUUCUCCUGACUGUUGCCUGCUCAGGCCUGGGGAGAUUAUAAAAAUAUUCAGCGAGGACGGGAUGGGAAAGGUGGUGGAGAUCCCAGCCGACAUGACGGCGCGAGACCUGUGCCAGUUUCUCGUCUAUAAAAACCAUUGUGUGGACGAUAACAGUUGGGCGCUUGUGGAGCAUCAUCCAGCCCUGGGACUCGAGAGAUGUUUAGAAGACCAUGAACUGGUUGUCCAAGUGCAGACGUCAAUGAUCAGCGAGAGUAAAUUUCUCUUCAGGAAGAACUAUGCCAAAUAUGAAUUCUUUAAAAAUCCUUUGAACUUCUUCCCUGAGCAAAUGAUUGCCUGGUGUCAGGAGACCAAUGGGACCAUCCCCCCAUCUCAGCUCUUGCAGAACUUCUUGAACUCCAGCAGUUGUCCUGAGAUCCAGGGAUAUUUGUAUGUGAAAGAGAUGGGCAGGAAAUCGUGGAAGAAACUGUAUGUGUUUUUAAGACGGUCAGGGUUGUAUUUUUCGACGAAAGGAACGUCAAAGGAGCCCAGGCAUUUACAGCUACUAGCAGACCUGGAGGACAGCAAUGUCUUUACAGUGAUAACAGGGAGAAAGCUGCACAGUGCACCGACUGACUUUGAAUUCUGCAUAAAACCGAACAAAGUAAGGAAUGAAGUGAAGGAACUAAGGAUGUUGUGUGCAGAGGACGAACAGAGCAGAACAUGCUGGAUGACAGCCUUCAGACUCUUUAAGUAUGGAAUUUUACUCUAUCAAAAUUACAAGAUCCACCAGCAGAGAAAAACGUUGCUUUCACACUUCUCAGCGCCUGUGAGGAGUGUUUCAGAGAGCUCUCUGGUUGCCAUGGAUUUCUCAGGGAGGAUAGGCAGAGUGAUCGACAAUCCUGUGGAGGCACAGAGUGCUGCCAUGGAGGAGGGACAUGCCUGGAGAAAGAAAAGCCAGCAGCGUAUGAAUAUUUUAGGAAGCCCCAGUUCUUUACACCCCUCAUCAUUAAGCGGAGUUAUCCACAGAACUCAGCUGUGGUUUCACGGUCGUAUUUCACGGGAAGAAUCCCACAAGCUGAUCCAUCAGCAGGGCAGAGUGGAUGGAAUGUUUCUCCUGAGGGACAGCCAGAGCAAUCCUAAGGCGUUUGUACUUACACUGUGUCACCACCAGAAAAUCAAACAUUUUCAAAUAUUGCUGUGUGAAGAAGAUGGUCAAAUGUUCUUGAGUCUCGAUGACGGCGCCGUCAAAUUCACAGACCUAAUCCAGUUGGUGGAGUUUUACACGCUCAACAGAGGAGUUCUGCCUUGCAAACUGAAACACCCCUGCACCACUGUGGCCUUAUGACCUCCAUAUGCCUGAUUUCGCCUAAAGACAAACAUUCAGACGACGUGUGCUGUGGUGUAAUGCUGUGCUGCUUGGCUGGAGAAAAGCACACUUUGAGAGCAAGUCAAGGAGAAAGAGAGAGAGGGAAAAAAAAUUGAUACACAAACAGGGCCGGCAAGAAUUAAGGAAAUUAAGCUUGUGUGUUAGAUGAACCUCUCAGCCACCCGCACACUCAACCGUGGCCAGGGCAGGUUCUCAGGACAAUCAUCCAGAGGAAGCCUUCAGGAUCCGCCUUCAGGUCUUAAUCGUGCAGAUGUGAUAGUGGUUUGGAAAUGGCCAGCAAAACACUUAUCAAUCACGUUUGAUUUUAUUUUGCACUCAUGAACCAGGAACAACCAAGCUAUAACAAUUGUUACUUUCAAAAAAAAAAAAAAGUCAAGCAGAUUCUAGAAUGUGGACAACAGAUUGGUGGUUUCAGUACUGUGAAAAGACACUGCCGACCGUUGAAUUUUUCGCUUUCUGUCACUUUCAUCCAUAAUUCAAUUAUUUAGAUGUACACUUGCUUUCUUUUUUUAAAAUGCUCGUCGUUUUGAGCACAAAACUCUCAUGUUUUGGGUCUUGUUUAGUUUCUGCUUUAUCACAAAGCAUAGCCUGCAGCGCUCUCUGCUGGCCAUACCCAGACAUGACACGUCACUCCUUCAAGGAAUAGUUUACCUCAAAAAUAAAACUGGGUUAUUUUAGCUAUUUACGAGGUUGCACCAGAACCACAUAAUCUUUGUUUUGUAGAACACAGGAGACAUAUGUAUUUGACAUCCAAAAAUGCUGUAUUUCAAGUCCGUUUUAUUGAAACCUUACAGUCAACCCUACUAUAAAAAACAGCUUAAACCAGCCUGGUUUUAUAGGGGUUUUGGCCAUUUCCAGGCUGGUUUCCAGCCAUUUCCAGCCUGGACUAAGCUGGUCAGGCUGGGAGAGGACCAGUUAAAACCAGCUUGACUAGCCUUGCCAGACUGGGAGUCCAGCCAAAACCAGCUACAUGUAUGUCCAGCUCAUAUCAGGCUGGUCAUGCUGCCCCCAUAGCAAAAAAUCUCUGGCCCAUAUCUGGCCCACACCAUCAGCAUUUGCUUGGGCCACAUGCCGCAGUGAAUUACGGAACAUGACUGAACCAAGUCUGGCUUCCGUACAAGAGGCAAACAUAGACCAUAUCUGGGCCAAGACUCUGCCAAGUUAAUAACCCAUAACUGGGCCUGAACUGGGCCAGAUAUGUUGGUGUGUCAUGACUGCAAUGUUUUUUAUAAACCUAUGAAGCAUUUCGCUUUACGGCUGUGCUUUUUCUUAAAGCGACCCGAUUGAUAUAUAAUUAUUUUUUUAUUUUUUUUAUUUUUUUACUCAAAACUAACUUAAAUUAUUUAAAAAGUGGGUCAAGAUAGACCAAACUUACGUGGCCCACGUAUACAUUUUUAACAUCUGGGCCAAAUACUACAUUUGAUAUCUGGCCCAAGUCUUGAGUGCCGCCUGUAAGCUGGUGCCACCUUGGCCAAUGUAUGCCAGUGCCAGACAAAUGCUUGCUUUGCUAGCUUUAUGCCAAAUCUGGACCAGAAUUAUUGGCUACCUAAGUGGUUUUAGUUGGUCAUUUUCCAGCCUGACCAGCUAAGACCAGGCUGAAAAUGGCUGGAAACUAGCCUGGAAAUGGCCAAAACCCCUCCAAAACCAGGCUGGCUGACCAGCUAAAACCAGCCAACCAGCUUAGGCUGAUUCAGGCUGUUUUGUUCCGCAGGGAAGACCAUUUUAUUUUAGUUCUAAAAGGUCUGAGUAAGGACUAAAGGCCUCAUCACAACAAAGGGUGGUAAUUAUAAAGAUAAAUAUUAAAAAAAGACUUCAGAACACAGUUAUAAUGCUAAAGAUGUACAUAAAUUAUAUCAUCAAGAAUGACUUUCAGAACUUCUAAAACAGUGAUAGCAGUCAGAAUUCAUAAACAAAAUUUAAAGGUCUCAAAGGUGUUCUCACAUUGUGGAGAAGCACACCCUGCUUGAUGUUAAUCCCUCUUUUCAAAGAUUAUUUAAAGAUAACGUCCAUUUUGAAAACAACAUGGGAGCAGUGUUAAAUAGCAUGGAGGCUAUGCAAGCCAGGCUAGCAAAUUGAAGUAUAAAAUAAAAGUACCCUAAAUAUCCAUUGCUAAAUUUUGCAUCUUUGUUGCCACUUUUAAAAAUCCUGAGAAAAAAAUAUACAGUUUAUUUUCCUGCGAUUUCUAAACUCUUCGUUUAAUUUGAACAGCACACUGAGGACAUCUGCUGGUUAUUUGGCGGUAAUGCAAAAAGAAAAGUUUAAGGCAAAAGUAAGCAGAUCGCUCUUGUUUGCUUGGAUGGACACAAAUAUAGUCAUUUUGGUUCUACCUAUAUGUAGUUAUCUUCCUUAGUGUGAACAGGCCUUAAGACCUAAAGAAGGUUGGAUUCAAAAGAGUUGGAGACCAUGAAAAUUUAAGUUUAGAGUACUAAAAAAAUGUGAUAGCUUUGUUUAAAAAAUGUCUAACAAACACAGUUCACAUUUACCCUCAUUAUAAAAAAGAUGGUUUCAAUGGUGAUAAUGAAGAACAACAAGGAUAUACAUUUUAUUUUUGAGGCAACUAUUCCUUUAAACACGAGUGCAAGCAAAACAUGGCCUGACAUUCCCACCAGAUCCUAUAGGAACGGUGCCUUGAACAGAGGAGUCUGUUGAGUUCAGUGAAAUAAAAACCACUAAACCCUCUGGGAACUCCGCUGUGGGUCGCAGUCUUUCAGGAGCUAGAUCAACAAACUGGAAUCUCUUUAACUGCUGUCAUCUUCAGUCCCAGCUCCAGUCCAUUUGGUUGUUGACUUUCUAUUUUUUUCUCUCUCCAUGUUUCGGAAGAUUGUUUCAAGGACAGCACACUGUGAAGCCCGGGCUAAGAACACCCAAGGAACAAUGGGGUUCGAAUUUCUAAUCUGCCUUGUCCAUGGUAGCAGUAGGUACAAUGGAUUUGUAAAGAUUUUUUUUUUGUACUUAUGACACAAUGUAAAGAAAGAGCCAUGUUUAGUAUUGUGUUCUGCUAGAUUGAGAGGGCAUAGCCACCAUGUCUACAAGUUCACCCAAGAGACCAGUACAUAGAUAAAUGCAAAUGACGCAAUCGAUAAU